GCCCCGCGGCGCUCCCCGCUCGGCCCUGCGUGCCGUGCCAGCCGGCGUCCCGCGGGCGCGGAGCCGAUGGCGCUGGGAGGGAGGAUGCGCCUGAGCCGCGUCUGCUGCGUGUUCUACCAGCUGUGCGUGCUGUCAAGCGGGCUCGGCGCAGGUCUCCAUGCGUCAGAAGAGACUGAGGAGUGGGAGAUCGUCUUCCCGGCACUGUGGAGCCCGGGCCAGCAGGAACCGACGGGUGGCAGUGGUGGUGGUGGGGGUUGCAAUGUCGACCCCAGUGGUGGGAACCGAAGCAGCACUUUCAGUGCCCCAGUCACACCUAGCCCAGUGGCUGGCAGUUCCCGAGAGGUGCGCUCAGUCUCCUCCUCUGUGGACGGGCAGGCGCAGGCUGUAGGGGAGGCAGCAGAGGAAGAGGACACUGAGGAUGAGUAUGAGUCUCAGGAGUUUUAUCACUGGUCCCCCCUGCCCCAGGGGUCUGGCGCUGCCUCUCAGUUGCCAACACCACCAUCUCCCCCACCACCACCUCCAGCCGAGGAUGGAGAUGAAGUGCUGCUGAGGAUCCCAGCUUUUGCUCGGGAGCUCUACCUGCUGCUCAAGAGGGACAGCCGCUUCCUGGCUCCUGGCUUUGCUGUGGAAGAGCGGCUCGGGGGUGAGGGCAAAAGUCCACCCAGUGCUGCACAGUCACAACCUGAGAGAGCUUGUUACUACAGUGGUGCAGUCCUCCGCUACCCGGGCUCCUUCGCCUCCUUCAGUACCUGUGGUGGACUGAUGGGGUUUAUACAGAUUAAUGAGGAUUUCAUAUUUAUUGAGCCACUCAAUCGCACUUUGGCUGUGACAGGGCAUGCACACAGGGUGUACAGACGGAAAAGAUCCGCAGAGGAGAAGAUUUCUGAAAAGCCACCUUCUCAGAAUCAGUACUGUGGUGUUGUUACAGAUAAAAGAAAAUCCAAGACUCAAAAAGUGUCGGAAAGUGGAAGAGGAAAGCGAUACUCUUACAAGUUACCUCAAGAGUACAACAUAGAAACUGUUGUGGUGGCAGAUCCAGCUAUGGUUUCGUAUCAUGGAACAGACGCUGCCAGAAGAUUUAUUCUAACCAUCUUAAACAUGGUUUUUAAUCUUUUCCAACACAAGAGUCUAGGAUUACAAGUAAAUCUUCGGGUGACUAAACUUGUCCUUCUUCAUGAGACUCCAGCAGAUAUGUAUAUUGGACAUCAUGGUGAAAAAAUGCUGGAAAGCUUUUGUAAAUGGCAGCAUGAAGAAUUUGGCAAGAAGAAUGAUAUACACUUAGAAAUGUCGACAAGCUGGGGAGAAGACAUGACUUCAGUUGAUGCAGCCAUACUGAUCACAAGGAAGGAUUUCUGUGUACAUAAGGAUGAACCAUGUGAUACUGUUGGUAUAGCAUACCUGAGUGGAAUGUGCAGUGAAAAAAGAAAAUGUAUAAUUGCAGAGGACAAUGGUCUGAAUCUGGCUUUUACAAUUGCACAUGAAAUGGGUCACAACAUGGGGAUAAACCACGACAAUGACCACCCAUCCUGUGCAGAUGGUGUCCAUAUCAUGUCUGGGGAAUGGAUUAAAGGACAGAAUCUUGGGGAUGUCUCGUGGUCUCAGUGCAGCAGGGAAGAUCUGGAAAGAUUCCUCAGGUCAAAGGCCAGUAACUGUCUGGUACAGACGAAUCCUCAGAGCCUCAAUUCUGUGAUUAUUCCCUCUAAGCUGCCAGGAAUGACGUACACUGCAGAUGAGCAGUGUCAGAUUCUUUUUGGACCAACUGCUUCCUUUUGCCAAGAAAUGCAGCAUGUCAUUUGCACUGGGUUGUGGUGUAAGGUGGAAAGUGAGAAGGAAUGCAAAACUAAACUGGAUCCGCCAAUGGAUGGAACAGACUGUGACACUGGAAAGUGGUGUAAGGCUGGAGAUUGUAUCAAUCGCACCUCUUUUGCGGAGCAUGUGGAGGGGGAGUGGAGCGCCUGGAGCACUUGUAGCCGAACUUGCAACACUGGAAUCAGCAGCCGACAACGCAAAUGCCCUGGUUCAGGCCUUGAAGGAGAGUGUCAUGGGCCCACAAUGCAGUAUAGGGUAUGUGAAAAUCCUUCUUGUCCUGCUGGUGUGCCUGCCUUUAGGGACUGGCAGUGCCAAGCUUUCAGUGUCAGAUCUUCGUAUCAGAAGCAUGUGCACCAGUGGCAAGCUGUCAUUGAUGAUGAAAAGCCGUGUGCUUUGUUCUGUUCACCGGCUGGAAAGGAUCAGCCUGUUCUUCUAACAGAAAAGGUGAUGGACGGGACUUCCUGUGGCCAGCAUGGGCUGGAUGUCUGUGCAGAUGGUAGAUGCCAGAAAUUUGGCUGUGAUGGUAUAUUAGGAUCUCUGGCUCGUGAAGAUCAUUGUGGUAUAUGCAAUGGUAACGGGAAGUCAUGCAAAGUUAUUAAAGGUGAUUUUAACCAUACCAGAGGAGCAGGUUAUGUGGAAGCUUUGGUGAUACCUGCAGGAGCAAGGAGAAUCAAAGUUGUGGAAGAAAAACCAGCUCACAGUUAUUUAGCUCUUAGGGAUGCUGGAAAACAGUCAAUCAAUAGUGACUGGAAGAUAGAGCAUUCUGGAACAUUCAAUAUUGCUGGGACCACAGUCCAUUAUGUUCGGAGAGGUCUCUGGGAGAAAAUAUCAGCCAAAGGUCCCACAACAUCACCUUUACAUUUACUGGUGCUGCUCUUCCACGACCAGAGCUAUGGUUUACACUAUGAAUACACAAUCCCACUGGAUCCUCUGCCUGAAAAUCAGAGCUCUAAAGUACCAGAGCCCCUUUUCAUGUGGACACAUUCUACCUGGGAAGACUGUGAUGCUGUAUGUGGAGGAGGUGAAAGAAAGACAACAGUCUCUUGCACAAAAAUUAUGAACAAGAAUAUCAGUCUUGUGGACAGCAAGAAGUGCAAAUAUUUAACAAAACCUGAACCACAGAUCCGCAAGUGCAACGAACAGCCCUGCCAAACAAGAUGGAUGAUGACAGAAUGGACACCGUGUUCAAGGACAUGUGGGAAAGGAACCCAGAACAGACAAGUAGCCUGCACACAGCAGCUCAGAAAUGGGACCCUGAUCAGAGCCAGGGAGAGGGACUGUCUGGGGCCAAAGCCUGCUUCUGCACAGCGCUGUGAAGGCCAGGACUGCAUGACAGUGUGGGAGGCAGGAGUCUGGUCUGAGUGCUCUGUAAAGUGUGGUAAGGGAGUACGGCAUCGGACUGUGAGGUGCACCAAUCCACGCAAGAAAUGUGUUUUGUCCACUAGACCUAAAGAGGCAGAGGACUGUGAGGACUAUUCCAAAUGCUAUGUCUGGAGAAUGGGAGACUGGUCUAAGUGCUCUGUCACCUGUGGCAAAGGAAUGCAGUCUCGAGUCAUCCAGUGCAUGCACAAAAUCACGGGAAGGCAUGGCAAUGAAUGCUUUUCUUCAGAAAAGCCUGCAGCCUACAGACCCUGCCAUCUCCAUCCCUGCAAUGAGAAAAUUAAUGUUAACACAAUAACAUCACCCAGGUUAGCUGCUUUAACAUUCAAGUGCCUAGGAGACCAGUGGCCUGUGUACUGCAGAGUGAUAAGAGAGAAGAACCUCUGUCAAGACAUGAGGUGGUACCAGCGAUGCUGUGAGACGUGCAGGGACUUUUAUGCGCAAAAGAUGCAGCAGAAGAGUUGACCUCAGUCAGGCUGGCUGUCUCUCGGCUCUUUGCAAUCUUAUUAUUUAUAAACACACACACCCACACAGGCUUUUUCAGACCAAAUAUUAUCAGAUGACAUAUAAUUUAAUCAAAUUAAUUUAUUUUUGCCUGCCAGACAUCCUUAAUGAUUUUGGUUAG